AUGUGUCCACACAGGUUGUUAGAACGUCAUCUGUGUCAUACAGAGGAAGGGAAAAAAGAGCUUGUAUUUUUAAGCAACAGAAAUCCUUGGAUGUUGGAGAAAAUCUGUAUUGGUUACAGCGUGGUCCGUGUUCCCAUGGCCAGUUGUGACUUCUCCACGCGGUUGUACACUUAUGCGGACUCGCCGGAGGACUAUAACCUUGAGCACUUCACUCUGGCCCCAGAGGACAUUCAACAUAAGGAUUUAAAUCAUUAUGUCGUGGGUUGGACCGACUGGAACCUGGCUUUAGACAACACUGGUGGUCCAAACUGGGUUAAAAACUUUGUUGACAGUCCGAUUAUAGUGGACGCACAAAAUGACAUUUUCUACAAGCAGCCGAGCUUUUACGCCAUGGCCCACUUCAGAUGGCCUGCAGAGAUGAAGUUUGAAGUGUGGGAUCCUGAGGUGGGACGUCUGACCUCCACUGCUCCAGCCCACUCCUUACUCACGCUCACUUGGAACUCGCACUGA